AUGAAGUUCCAGACAUUUCAAGAGGAGAUGUGGUGGAAAGGCUCUUUGAUAGGCCUUGGUGUAGUCCUGGGCGUUUUGGACCUCGUGCGCGUGGUCAUGAUGACGCUCGUGGAACUGCGGAAGUACGAGAAUCGUCGGAAGGCAAAAGAUGGCCACUUCCUCCCCAGGAAGAUCAAAAGGGAGAACGACAAAGACUAUCAGCCU